CUCUCCCCGCCCUCGCGUCGUCGAGUUCCGUCCGUAUCUCCCUCCAUUCUGUCUCGCUAGGGUUUCAGCGCGCCAUCUCCCCGCCCCAAUUCCGAUCCGCGCGAUCUCCCCCUCCAUGGUCUCCGGCAUGUCCCACCGCCCCGACGACGACGCCUCCGGCGUCCCGCACCAGCCGUCCGGUGCGGGGACGCCCCUCGCCACGCCGCCGCCCUCGCACUCCGCCUCCACCAGCGGCGGGAGCGCCGGCUCCCCGUCCCGCAGCGACCACAACGGCCCCUCCUCCACCGUCGCCGGCACGGACCCGCUGCCCGCUGCCGCGGCCGCGACGGCGUACACCCCCGCCAGCGACGGCACCACCUCCCUCCGCCUCAACAACCUCGACAUCAACGGCGACGACGCGCCCUCCUCGCAGCCUCCCGUCAGCAUCAUCAAGAAGAAGAAGAGGAGAGCGGCAUCGAUUGGUCCUGAUAAAGGUGGCCGGGGACUGCGACAGUUCAGUAUGAAAGUUUGCGAGAAAGUUGAAAGCAAAGGCAGAACAACAUAUAAUGAGGUUGCAGAUGAACUUGUUGCUGAGUUCUCAGAUCCCAAUAACAACAUUGAAGCGCCAGAUCCUGAUAACCCCAAUGCACAACAAUAUGAUGAGAAAAAUAUACGAAGAAGGGUUUAUGACGCACUGAAUGUUCUAAUGGCUAUGGAGAUUAUAUCUAAAGAUAAGAAGCAAAUACAAUGGAAAGGCUUGCCUCGGACUAGUGUAAAUGAUAUUGAAGAAUUGCAGACGGAGCUCGUUGGACUGAAAGGUAGGAUUGAGAAGAAAAGUGCUUACUUGCAAGAGCUACAAGACCAAUAUCUAGGUAUGCAAAACUUAGUACUCCGAAAUGAGGAGCUGUAUGGUUCAGGAACCACUCCUUCGGGUGGAGUGGCCUUGCCAUUCAUACUUAUCCAGACUCGGCCCCAUGCAAUGGUGGAAGUUGAGAUAUCAGAAGAUAUGCAACUGGUGCAUUUUGACUUUAAUAGCACUCCAUUUGAGUUGCAUGACGACUCAUAUGUGAUAAAAGCACUGAACUCCAGUGGGAAAGAACAGAAUCAUGUUACUCCAGAGCCAAGAUCAAAUGGUUGCGAGGGCUCAAGCAUGCCAGAUAUUUAUCGAAAUCAUGUACAACAAUCUGCAAUGGCAAAUAACGGUACAACCAGAUUACCAAGCUCUCCCCCUGUUCCAGGCAUACUGAAAGGGCGAGUGAAGCAUGAGCAUCAGUUCUAGAGUGUUUGUUCGUUGCUGCUGUUGUUUGGUUCAUCAUUAAUCUUAUUUUCCUUUUUGAUGUAAAGAGUGUAAAUUAUUGGGCAAAGGGGAAAAGUAGCUUGUUCUGAUUUAGCUCUGCAUUAGAUUGAUAGGAUGACGGGUACCCUUAUCUGUAAUACUUCCAUGUGUAACCCCUAACCGGCUUUGAAUAUGUUCCUGUUUUUGGUUGAGGCAAGCGUGUUUAUGUCA